AAGCCCAGUUCCUUUUUAGUGCAUCAAAUCCGGCCCAGAUUCUCCGAGCCUGUCCAAGCCUAAACAAACCCAGUCAGCUCGUCUGCCUGCCUGGUCACCGCCCUGCUUCGACCCGACCACGGCACCACGCCGGCAAGCAGCAAUGGACGCCCUCACCCGCCUCCACCGCUCCCUAGUCGGUGGCGACGACGAGCAGCAGCCGGAUGACUCAAUCCUGGCUGACACCGAGGGCCUCUGCUCUCUCUCCCCUCUCCAGCGGAUCUACGCCUUCGCGGCAUGCUUGGUGGCCGGACUCGCCCUGAUGAUCUUGUCACUUCUUGUCUUCGCCAGACCUAUCAAAUUUGCAGUCAUGUUUACAUUUGGAAACAUAAUGGCAGUUGGGAGCACAGCCUUUGUAAUGGGGCCACAACGACAGCUAAGGAUGAUGUUUGAUCCAGUUCGUGUGUAUGCAACAGCUAUUUAUGCUGGAUGUGUUGCUUUGGCUCUAAUCUUUGCUCUUUUGAUUCAUAACAAGCUGCUGACGUUGAUUGUAAUCAUAUGUGAGAUCUGUGCCCUGUUUUGGUAUAGUUUGAGCUACAUUCCUUUCGCUCGAAGAAUGGUUUCUGACCUGAUGGUGAAAGUCUGUGACACUGAGAUUUGAACUGAAGCGGGCUACUUGACACUCUUCAGCGCCUGCAAUCAGGGAAGCCUGUGGGUGCUUGCUCCUUUACCCAUUUUGUCAGGGACGAGACUUGUUUGAUAAACAAAGCGAGCUAUGUAUUUUUUACAAACGUAUGACAUGCAUUCGUUUGUAAAACUCUCACUGCGUUUGUGAAAUCAGAUUCCCAGCCCUGUGCUGCUGAAAGAAACACACUGACUGUGGUUAUAUAUGACAUGCAUUUCUGA